UUUUCGUUCGAACACGAUUUUCUUCAAUGACAGAGCAAGCGCAAAUGCGAACUUUCCCAGAAGGCCUCGAAUCGUGUUUAAACGACAGAUGUCACUAGCCUCGACUACAGCAUGUUCGAUACGAAAUAAGAGCCUUUACGUUUUCAACAACCCUCUUCUUGCAGUCUUCUACGAAACUAGGAAACGCUAAAUUGCCAAGGCAAGCCACUCAGUCCACGAUGGCACAUUGCCCGUACACUGGCGUAUAAAAGCUCCCACCUCGCCGACUCCCUCUCUCCAGCAUCACCAUGUCUACCCCAGAAACUGCUACCAAAUUCGCACCUACCCAAUCUUCUUCUGUCCUCGGUGGACAGAUCAUUGGUCGUACUCCGCGCGAGGCUGCUCCUCCCGUGGCUCUCAAGCUCCGUCUUGACCUCAACCUUGAAGUGGAGAUCGCCAUCCAGGCCAAGGUCAAUGGUGAUAUCACCUUGUCACUCCUUAAAUGUGCCGAGGUCAUAGAGGGUGGAGUUUAACGUUCGGUGAUGGUGUGAUAGGUAAGGUUACCUGUUAUAGCACCUUGGUUGAAGCACUCGUUGUGAUUCAUGCGUCGCAAGUCGAGUGGUGGCCAUCAUUCUAUCACGGCGAGGAAAGAUACCAACGCUUCGAGGAGACCGGAUUAGGGAGUUGAGGAUUAUGCCGGGGUGCGGAGGUACAAGUUGGCCUGAGCUGGGCGAGUCACGGAAAGAAGCUAUGAUAAUGACUAGCGAACAUUUACAUAGAAAGUCUCUUCAAAGAAGAGCUAACGCUCGAGAGUGAACGACUCCCGUUUCCCAUCGAGUCCCGUCGAACUUUUGAAGGAAUAAACGGAACGUAGUUAGGGAAUCGGAUUCCGCCUAGACUAUUUCAACAUACUAGGG